AUGACUUCAGCUCUAGAACUUGAACAUAGCCAUCGAGAAGACGCAAUACAGCGCUCUCUCGAGGCGCAUACCCCCAAGAUUGAGCAGCUCAUGGAGAUAGGAAACACUCCCGGUGUCUCGAUUGCCGUUCUUUGUAACAACAAGCUAGUUUUAGAGCGUGGUUAUGGCCUCGUCAAUUUGCGUACAAAUAUAAAAGCCACUGCAUCGACUAUCUACCCCAUCGCUUCCGUAACAAAGACUUUCACAGCUGCAGCAUGCGGCAUUCUUGUAGCCGAAGGAAAAUUAAGCUGGGAGGAGCCGAUAUCCACAUACCUACACGAUCUCAACAUCCCGAAACACCCCGACAUCGAAAGGCACGCUACUAUAGUGGAUAUACUAAGUCACAGGACGGGUUUGCAAGAGCAGUCGUCUGUAUUCGAGAGUUCUAAUGGAAUGCCGCUAUUCAAAGACGCAUUGUCAACCUACCAUGCCCUGAAUCUAAUGUCCUCGGAGCCCGGCAGCUUUAGACAAACGUGGAGCUAUUGUCCUCCCUUAUACGCUCUUCUGACAAUUGUGAUUGAGCGUGUGUCUGGACUACCGCUUUCAGAGUUCUUUCAAAAAAGGAUAUUUGAGCCACUAGGUAUGACAUCAACAUCGAUAGUAGGAAUGGCACCCGAUAUUGAGCCAACUCACUUGGCUCAAGGCUAUACGCGAACCUCAGCCGGUCUCUGGCUAGACCGAGACGGCACAUCUUCGGGGUAUCAGUUCCCAUUCGACACCUCUAUGGGAGUCCAGAGUUCUGUCUCGGAUAUGAUGAAGUGGGCCAAGGCAGUCAUUAAGAACUUCAAUAUAUCGAGGCAGCUUCCAGGAGAUUCUAAUAGUCAGGAGGAAGCGGAUUUCCCGGAAGGAAGUGCGAUAUUCAAACAAUGGUGCAAACUUCCCCUCAACGAGGGUGGCUUCCCGUCGUACUGUCUGGGUUGGUUCAGGCAGGAGGGCUACUUCAUCUUUGACGACAUGUUUGAUGGCGAUGGACAGGCUGACUCGUUGGAGUGGCCAUGUACGCUCCCCACGCCUCACGAAGAUCAAAAGCCCGAAACCAUUCUUUAUCAUAGUGGUUUAGGCCAUGGAUUCAGCUCCUCGAUGCAUGUAUUCCCGAACAAGGGGGAUGCCGUGAUUGUCCACGGGAAUUCAUCCCAUGCGGGUGAUGCUGUGGACUGUAUCUCUCGGCUCAUUACCGCAAUUGUUUGCGGUUAUGAUCUCUCAACCUCUGAAUUGAUGUCAAACCUGAGAUUCUAUACAGACUUGGAAGUAGGAAGGUGGAAGCAAAUGGACAAAGAGCUGCGGAAGGAACAAGAAGGUCAAUCGAGAAGCAAACGCAUUCCUGAGGCAUCUGAGAUCGUAGGACGCUACGUCAACAUUAGCUCAACCCUGGAAAUGACGAUAUCGUCGGGAGGAAAAGGAAACCCAGAGGACACAUCAAGGCCUAGCGCGGAGCCAUUUAUUGGUGCCAAGCUGAAACUUGGAAGUGAAACCAAACUUGGUCUCGACUUAUGGAGCUUUUCUGACGCUACGUUGUGCUUCUUCCCAAAUGAAGUUGAUUAUCAGAGAUGGUGUAUGUCUUACUUGGGAAGCUGGCCGCAGUUUCUCAUACACCUAAGUUACGACGAUAUAACGGGCUCUGUUUCUGGAUUUUGGUGGCAGUUUGACCCUGCUAGAGAUGGGAUAUGGCUCCAAAGGUUGGAUUCUUAA